AGAUACAUAUUCUAUCUAAUCAACAAACAACAACAAAGAAUGACCAACGUCAACCAACCACAGUUCUACCAGUUCGGCUGCAACUUGCUCCAGUACUUGAAGCAGCGUUACAGCUCAGCCGUGAUCAAGGCCGACACCAACCUGUUUGUCGAGAAGCUCAAGAACCCAUCUGCCAUCACCGUCGGUGAUGCCAAGAGAGUCGCUGGCACCGCCGUCGGCAUGGCCGGUUUCUUCUACGCCGGUGAGGUCUAUGGCAAGAACUCCAUCGUUGGUUACUGGCCAGGUUACGACAUCGAUGUCCACACCGAGUUGAACAGAAGAGAAUAA